AUGGGCAUUGCGGGUGCCCUCGAGCUGGAGGUCCUUCGCAGCAACAAGUCACUGUCGGCGGCAAGACCGUGUGCUCUCGACGCAAUAUGGGGGGAAAUGAUCCAGCAGCCAUCUUGGCGAUAUGGGGUAGCCACUACUGGUACACUUAUUACGAGAGAACGACAAGUGGCAUUCUUCACCGUUGACGUCUUCGCCUAUGAAGACAACGCCAACGACAUCAUUACUGGCAUUCUUCACCAUACUGCUCUCAUCAUUGCAACAUAUCAACGCCGACAUGCCGAACUUACAAGCCUACCACAAGUUCAUCCUCUACGACUAUGGUCAAAUCUCAGUACGGGUCUUUCAAAGAGUACAACACUUGAGACGAUUGAGGAACGGUGA